AUGUCGGCGACCACCGCGUCUUUGCCAUCUCCUCAAGCUUGGAGUCCCAACGUCGCUACUAACGCAGUGUCUACUACCCCGUUGGGAAUGCCGCCACGGACACCCGCGUCAGUCGGCCAGAUGGCGGCUCCCAUCCUGGGCUCUGGAGGAGCCCUCUCACCGCGAGUCCUGCGCGAUUCGUGCAAUGGCUACUUCGGCGUCGUCGAUUUCAAUUCCAACAACCCGCCCAACUCGACAGCGGGAAAACAUACGCGCAAAACCUGGAAUUUAACGUCGGGCUCGCCAGGUGCUGGGAAACAAGGGAAUCGUCAGUCCUCUGAAUACAACUUCGAAUCGGCUGGGUUUGUUGCUGGCCAUAGAAUCACGUCCAGUUUUGAGAAACAAACGCAGGCCCUUCGAGAUAGAGAUCGCAGGGCUGAGGAGAGGCGUGAGAUGCAAACGCCCCCUUCACCACAUGCCAUCGACGCCCCGUUCGCUACUUCGCGAUAUGAUGACAAGACUAGCUACAUGAGCAUCGAUCCACACUCGAAUCGCUCAGCAGGAGAAGCCAAGUCGUCGUCUACUCUCCCGAAAUCUGUGAUUCCGUUAUCAUCAUCAUUCUCUUCCUCCUCUUCCUCCUCCUCCUCCUCUUCUACUUCUUCCUUCUCUUUAUCAUCAUCAGUACCGAGCCCCGCUUUAACCAUGUCACAAUUAAGGAUUCCCCUUGGUUCUGAGAGUGGUAAUGGCCGUCCCUCACGAAUCACACUUCCUCCUCAACUCCCCCGCCAUUCUUUGGCAUGCAACAAGGUUCGCACGCUUCAGCGUUCUGAGACAUCCCCAGCGUGUGUCGAUCAGGGCAAUGUCCAACUCGUUACACCCCGCGUUUUAGCAGCAAUAUUAAAGUCAUCACCAGAAAACGCCACCCUACUUCUAGAUGUCCGACCCUAUCCACAGUUCGCCCAAGCAAAGAUAAAAGGAGCAUUGAAUUUAUGUAUUCCAACAACUCUAUUAAAGCGGCCGUCUUUCAACCUACAAAAAUUAGAGGAUACAUUCACUGGAGAUGAAGACAAGAAAAAAUUUGCGCGGUGGCAGCAGUGUACACAGAUUAUCGUCUACGAUUCUUCUACGACCCACCUGAAGGAUGCGUCUCCCUUGAUCAACGUGUUGAAGAAGUUCACCAAUGAAGGGUGGAAAGGUGAGACGUCGAUAAUGCGCGGUGGAUUUGCGCAGUUUUCCACCGAGUAUCCAGACCUCAUUGAAUCCAAUCAGCGCAAUGAAGCUGCCAGUUUCGCCGACCAACCACGGUCAAUUAGCCUUGUCCUGCCAAACAAGCAAGGCAUAGCUGGCGGUUGCAGCAUCCCGGAUUCCAAUACAGCCACCCAUCCAUUUUUCUCGAAUAUCCGCCAAAAUAUGGACUUGAUAGACGGCGUCGGUCAAAUUCCUAUCAAACUACCACAGUCAAUGUGUGGGAAAACCCUACAAAUGCUACCACGUUGGCUCACGCGGGCCGUUGAUGCUGAAGACAAGGGCAAGCUGGUGUCGUAUCAGUUUUUGCAGAUUGAGCGGGCGGAGCAAAAACGCAUGCAGGAAGCCUUGACAUGUCGCGUCUCAUACGGUUCGCCUGGGUCGAAAGCUCCUAAAAAGAGUUUCUGUUUAGCGGGACUGGAGAAGGGGUCGAAGAAUCGAUAUAACAAUAUAUAUCCAUUCGACUAUUCGAGGGUUCGGUUGCAAGGCGUACCCAGUGGUGGCUGCGACUACGUAAACGCGAGCUUCAUCGAGUCCUCCCGCUCGAACAAAAGAUAUAUCGCUACCCAAGCACCAAUACCUGCUACGUUCAAUGACUUCUGGCGUGUCGUCUGGGAACAGGACAUCCGAGUAAUCGUCAUGCUAACCGCAGAAUCAGAGGGCCCUCAGCUGAAGUGCCACCCAUACUGGAAAGCGGCCGACUACGGACCCCUCAAAGUGAGUGUAUUUGCAGAACACCAGAUCUCGCUGAAUUCGUUCCCUUCCCCCCAGAGUCAGCAACAACGACGAACCCACGGACAACGCCGAGCCACCAGUCCAUUUACACAAUUUGAAAAGCCGCACGCAACCGAGGGUUCCCACUACUUCGGCGUCGUCGCCAACGAUAACCGGCCGCACGCCAUUGUCCGCCACCUUACCUUGACCCACACCGCCUACCCCUUCCAGCCCAUCCGCGAGAUCACGCAACUACAAUACUCCCACUGGCCCGACUUCGGUGCGCCCGCCGAACCCGCACACCUCGUCCGACUGGUCGAGGAGGCGAAUCGGAUUGCGCAUGCCUCUAACGCGAGCGCCAUCGGAGCUGGCACUAGUAGCAGUAAUAGGCCGGCGACGACGACGAUGGAACCGGAGCCCGAAGGCCAAAGGCGGGUACUAGUCCAUUGCAGCGCCGGCUGCGGGCGGACGGGGACCUACUGCACCGUCGAUAGUGUUGUAGAUAUGCUGAAGCGGCGGCGGGCAGCGUUGGCGGAUCGAAAGCAACCGGCGGCAGGGGGUCCGAGUGGGGAUGGUGGCGACGAUGCAAGCGAACAGGAAGACUGGCUGCUUCGAGACGAUGUUGACCUGAUCGCGGCAACGGUGGAGGAAUUCAGAACACAGCGCAUCAGCAUGGUGCAGAGUCUUAGGCAGCUUGUUCUGUGCUACGAGAGCGUGCUAGAGUGGAUUACGCAGCAUGCGGGGGAGCUGGGGAUGGGGGAUGAGGCUGCGGAUGAAGUGAAGAUGAAGAAAGGGGUUUGA